CAGCUUGUUUUGUGAUAUUGUGCACAGCUGUGCUCAUUUAAGAAAGAUUGAGAGGAUUGUCAGGUCGACAAACUCUGUUUAAAUAUUUUAUUUCGUUGAGCUAAGUAAAUACCGAAAAGUAGUUGUAGCUGUCAUUUUCUAACGUCAACUACCCGUCCCGUUCUUGGCUUUUCUUGCCAGAUCUAUCGGUGAGCAUCAAACUCCAACACCUGAAACUAUGGAGCAAGUGUAUGAAGCAGAAAUCAAAUUGCUACAGGAGGAAAUCGCAUUGCUACAAAAUCAACAAGAAAACAAUGAACGAGAGGUGAUAUUGCACAUUGAAGAGCACACACAGCGGACUUUGACAUCACAGCCAAACUUCAAAAGAGGAAAGAAUGAUGCCGUUAUGAAUCUUGAGAAACUGGAGGAAGAUCUGGCCAGACAGACCAAAAUCAAUGGAAUUGUACUGAAAGAGUGUGAAGUGAAAACACUGGAAAAAAGUAGGACAAAAAUUGUACAGCGGUACCGAGUUUCUGGUAACUGCAGUUUCUUAAACUUUCAAGUUGAGUUUGAGCUCACAGAAAUCCAGGAGGAAGACGGCACUAUCGUGAGGAGAAUAACAGCCCUAAAUAUUGUUGUGGAUGGAUGUGAGUUAAUUGAUAUCAGCACAUUCGUAUCUGGAGUGGAGGAGACGAAGAGCCUUCUGCUCUUCUUCCGGGCCCUGAGGGCCUUCUCCGAGAGGUGUGAACAGAGAAGCAGGACGUUCGCGCACUUCAAGGUAACAGUGGUGGGAAGGCAAGAGAACGGCACAUUUCACAUGAACAGUAGCUACCGCACAUUUAACCAAACCUUUGAAGAUGACUGCAGAUUUACUCGAGUGCUGAUUUUAUUUUGUUGAAGUUGCAGAGUAUUCAUUUGUCUGGUGUCACAAGGGUUAAGGUUUAUGAGAACUGACCUGUAGAUGGACAGUGCGCAGAGACUCUGGAAGGGGUGGGACUGCCUCCAGC